AUGAACAGAGCGCAGAUGCAACAAUACAAAGAACAACAAAUGAGAGAACAAGAAGAAAAGAGGCAACAAAUCCUCGAGGCUUGUUUGGACUCAGGUGCUAAAGAAAGACUUUCGAGUGUGAGGUUAGUGAAACCAGAGAAAGCAAGACAAGUUGAGGACAUGAUUAUGAUGAUGGCGCAACAAGGACAAAUGACAGGACAAAUUAAUGAAGGUGGUCUUAUCUCACUUCUCGACCAAGUACAACAAAAGACCGAAACAAAGAUCACUAUGAAACACAAAGGAGACGAUGAACUUGACGAUAUUAAAUUCGAUGAUCUCUAA